AUGGCUCUGAAGUUGAUAUUACGAUCUGAGGCCGAAUCCGCCGGCAUCGGGAGAAAAAUGCACAUAUACUUCACGGCCGCAACUCUCGGUGGGAAGAGCCUCACGCAUUUCCACUUCCCCCAACUGAGCAAGGAGAUUUAUGAAUCUCUGGAGCCAACUCAAUUACGGGCUACUGUCGCGGAGGCAACAUUUCAACGAGGCCUGGCUGAGAAACCGGAGUUUAUAAAGGAACUGGAAACUCAUUUGCCGGACCGCUCGAAAUCACUGAAAGACCUUUUCAAUGAGGCAACUGAGAUUAUAUUCCGCAAUCUCGCAAUUAUCAAAAGGGAUCUCAUCGAAGGACCAGUCUACUCAAGAAUGCCUAUCACCGAAUCCUCAACCAUACCCCCGGCAAUCAACAGGAUUGAGAAAAGGCUCUCAGCACUCUUUGAUGCUGAGAUCUGGCUGAAGAAAGCUUCCGAUAAGCUCGAUGAAGCAUCUGUGCCAGAUGGCACGAUUACUUCGAAACCGCCAUGGCAGGAGAAAUGA